CAUUGGUCUCAUUUUGGGUGAUCUCUUGCAAGGCGGCUAGACCAGCCAGCGUCGGGCGAGCAAACUAGACAAAACCCCAAAACCAACUGAAAGACAGAUUUCAGUUUAAAAUGAACUGCCGAAAAAAAAAAACUGAAAAAGCCAAGAAACGCUGAGCAGAGGCAUGGGCAAAAGUAGGUGCACCUAUAAAAGCUGAAGCAGCAGUAUUGAUACACUGCAGAUACCAUUGUAACCGCAGUUAACGAGGACGUCAUUUAUUUCCCUCUCGCGCUCCCAGGAAAAGAAAAUAAAAACGCGGUUGUGUGAAAAGUGAUUUCGUUGUAUAAGCCUUUUUUUGUAAUCAAAAUCAGUGAUAAGACAUUGCCAAAACGAAAAAAAAACUGUGUUAAAAUGCGUGUGUUUGCAAUAAUUGUUGUUUCUUUGGCCAUUAUGGGCCAUUGUAAUGUUCGGGCCCAGCAGCAUCAACAAAUCGAUCCAGCCUAUCUGCGUCAAUACUAUCAGCAAUUACAGGCUGGAGCUGGUGCCGCCUCAGCGCCUGGUGAUGCUACACCCAUUUAUGAGCAAAAUUCAGAACAAAGUCAACAAUACAUUACUCCGGGUCAACAGUUGCGUGUCAAGGACAAUGUGCAGGAACAAGUUCGCGCUUCACAGCUACAACAUCAGCAACAGCAAGGAUAUGUUGCACCCGCUGUAAGGGACUAUCUGCAACAUCAGCAACAACCUCAACAGAUUCAAUACCAACAACCCCAACAAGUGUCAUAUCGUCAGCCACAAGCUCAGGCACCAGCACCCAGAAGACCACAGGCUAUACCACAGCAAUAUCAAGCGGCUAGGCCAAAGAGCAAAGCACAAAUUCAGGAAGAAGAAGAGGAAUAUGAGGAUCAAAACUCUUCGUACCAAUUCGGUUUCGAUGUCAAGGAUGAUGAAUUCACCAACUACCAAAAUCGCAAGGAGGUACGUGAUGGCGGUGUAAUCAAGGGCAGCUACUCAGUGGUCGAUUCCGAUGGUUUCAUACGCACAGUCAAAUAUACAGCUGAUCCCAAGGAGGGUUUCAAGGCUGAGGUGAUUCGUGAGCCCACAGAUAUUGUGGUAAAAAUUCCCACACCUCCACCACCACAACAUCAAGGAUUGCUGCGCUCCCAUGCGCAGGCUGUAAAGGCCCAGGAUUACAAUUUGAAGCAACAGUAUCAGCCACAAUAUCAACAUUAGGUGGAGAUUUUCAUUAGCAAGAAUUAUGGAGAAUUUAUGUAGCAGCUCAAUGAGUGAGAAAGAGGAAGGUGUUCCUAAAACUCGUUUUUGUUUCAUGGUAUCAUUUAUUUAUUAGCAGAAGAUUAUAUUUGUGAGUCCUUCGCAUGAGAGAGUUCGCACAUUAAAGUGGACUUUUGUAUUUAGUUGUCAUUCAUUCAUUUUUUUUUUCAUUUUUGGUUAAUCCAUGCAAACUCACAGGGUAGUGAGUACAUGUGAAGUGCGCAUGUGUACAUAUGCAUAAUUUUUUAAACAUUUUCAAUACUCGAACAUUUAUAAUAAAGCCAAACUUUCACAUAACACUUUAUCAUUA